AUGGCGGCGAAUCCUCACGAUGAUAGGGAAGUAGCAGCAAGAUCAAAUUUUAUAGCAAACCCACCUGACGACAGUGGCUCUUCAACUACCUCUGCAAAACAAUCUCGAAAACGAGCAUAUUCCAUUGACGUAGACGAGGCGAAUCAACCCCGAAUCCAAGAUCUUCGACUUUAUACUCCUAGCACAGGAACACCGAAUACAGCUGAAGGACUUAGGGAUCUGAUAUGUCUCUGUACAAAAGCACCCAAAGUUCCUAGACCACGUAAUGCGUUCAUUCUUUACCGACAGCACUACCAAGGCCAAGUCGCCGCUCGGAAUCCGGGACUGGCCAACCCGGAGAUAUCCAAGCUCAUUGGCGAACAGUGGCGCGAGCAGCCCGAGGAGAUAAAGAAUAAUUGGAAGCGGCUCGCAGAAGAGGAGAAGAUCCGGCACCAGCGUCAAUACCCGGACUACAGAUAUCAACCUAGGAGAGGAGGUAAAGCUGCCGGCGGUAGGCCCGUACCGGCGACCGGUGAAGAUCCUGGCCACUGUCCCAAGUGCGGCGGCCGUUAUAUUGCAACCCCUAGAACACCUUCCACACCUUUCAGUGCUGCAACGCCGGAGAGCGCGAGAGCGGUGCCUAAUAUGUCGUCUUAUCCGAUACCAAACCCGAGAGUUAUCGAGACAGAACACUUGAGGCGCGGAUCAACUUCUAGCAUCAUGUCGCUUGACAGUCAUGAACGUCGAUAUACGCAGCAGCAUAUGCAUAAUAUCGAUGAUGAUUACCCGAUAAUGUCCCCGCUAGGUACUCCAAUAGAUACAAAACGACGUCGCUUCAAUGGACCGAAUAUAUUCAAUCCCGGAUCGCCGCCAAUGGGUUAUAUGUCCUCUGCUGAUUCGCGAUACUACCGCCAACCACCGGUAACAGGAGUUAGAUAUAGUCAUGGUCCCGGGUCGCUCCCUAGAUUAGGCGGGCAAUGGCAAAACUUCAACCAACUCAAUCAUCCUCACAUGCAACCGCCGCCGCGUCCUUCGAUGUCGUAUCAACCCGCUCCCACGCCGACCCACCACGCCUCUGCUUUUGACGAGUCUCUCCGCUUACCACCACUACAAACACAGAUCCCGGGAUCGCCUGCCGUGAGCUCCGGGCCAGGCCAGACGCGUGCCCCCGCCAAUAUCCAAUCCGGCCAGGGGAUUCCAAAUGGUGCCAAUGCCCCUCCGAAACAGUCCCAGUUACAACAUCCGCCACCCAGAUGGUCGUUCUUACUGAAGCUGGAAGUGCUGCGUUCGAUUAGCUCACCUCUGAAGCCUCCUGCACCGGGAGGACAGCUGUUCGAAACGCGAGGUCCUCUCAUUGCCAUCGAAGGCGCGGCCCCGGCCGUGCUGAAAGAGGUGGCGACCGUAGUAGACAAAGCAUUGUCUGUUUCGGGAGAGUACGCCGUGAAGACUUGGACGGAAGAUACACAGACGCAGCUGAGACCGAUAGACGCAGAGGGGAGAAACAAUAGCAAUACGAGCGAGGGUCAGCAAAGCAUAGAAGAGGGCGGCCACCCAAAGGGACCGGGACUGCUAAGCCCCCUGGCGACCUAUGUUGCCAAGAUGCUGAAAUGGCACAAGAUAUCUGAAGAUCUUAUCAGAUACAUCACUAGCCAUCCACCACCUACUACUAGUACAACAACACACGACGAGAUGGGGGAUAACGACAAUUCCCAGGCCGCCGAAGGAGGAGCAUCGCCGAGAUCCGCCAAGCGGCGGCUCCCCGUCGCCGUGGUAUCGGACGGGUACAGCCUGACGGUAUCGGACCGGUACGCGGGCUCGCUGCACGUGAACGACGCGUACCGGGCGGACGACCACUGGCAGUGGCUGGCGACGCUGUGGCGGGGGAUCGUGGGCGCGGACCUAACGAUCUACGUCAAGCGGACGGCGGAGGCGGCGCCGGAAGCCCAGGGCAACAACUUCGUCGAGUUCGCCAGCCCGGCCGUCAUGGUGCUGCACGUCGCGGACGGCAAGGGCGUCGACGAGAAGCUGGAGCGCCGGCUCGGGUUCGAGAUCAUGGAGUGGGUGCGCAACGGGAGUUUCAAGGCCGGGUUUCCGAUACUGGGGGUUCAUGAAUGA